AUGAAAAAGUCGAUAGAAUCAACUAUGAAAUCGAGACUUGAUAAGAUCAUUUCAAUCACAUACUCCGCCUCGGAUCCAGAUAAUGUUAGUAUCUCAUCUUCUAACAGUAAUAACAAGGAAUUUAUGAAGUUGGUUCCAAGAGAAGAAGCAAAAAACCGGCCUGUCGUUAGAAUGAAUCUGUUUGGAAUCGUCGUAGACUGUUGCAUGGCAACUAGGAAUCACCCAUUCUUUAUACUAUGCAAUCGGCAAGACGGAGAGCAAAUGUUACAGACAAUCCACAACUAUUUCAGACAAUUUUUCGGAUCAUCUAUUGAGUAUCAAUUAGAAAGUCGUGAUUUGGGCUAUAUACCAAGACUGGCGAACAUAAAGUAUAGUAAUAUUUGUUUCCGGAAUGAAGCAACAACUGCCCAAUUUUGGGAUGGGUACUUAACUGUCUCACCCUCACAGGAAUAUAUUCGAUUGUAUGGAUGCGGAAUUUUUGAAAACGAACAAAGUCUGAAACUACUGGCUCAGACCAAAGUGCUCGACUUAUGGAUCCCGGACAGUAGAGCCGGAGAUUAUUUGAAGAAUUUCAAAGGAAGACAUAUGUUUUUAAUUGAUGGAAUAGUCACAGAUGAUGAUGUCAUUCAGUUUUUGAACAGUUGGAAAUCAAGUCAAACACAACUAGAUUUAGAGUUCUUGAGUAUACAUUACUGGCGAGGAAUGAAUCUAAAUCCAGAGAAAAUAAUGAGAAAUCUUGACAUCAAACGGUUUGACCCGAAUCAGAAGAUGCCGAUUUAUCGUUAUGACAGAAGAAGGAAAGACUGGGGUAAAUGCGACUGGAAAAUAGAAGAAUUCAGUAGUCCACAUUUCAUAGUUCGAGAUGCUGAUCAACACGUGGCAACACUGGAAAUCACAACACGAAGAAUACAAUUCGCAGCAUGGAAAAUGACAGAAGAAGAGGUUAUGAAAGGAAGAAUUCAGAAAACUUUCCAGAAAACUCUAAUCCAAGAAGCAUCCACUUCCAGAAAUUUCAUGAAUUUUUCAAAAUGUUCAUUGCUGAUCCAAAAAGAGAUCUUGUCAAGCAUGGAGUUGGUGGAUCUGUUGAUGAUGGCUUCUUGUUCUGAGAAAUUCACUCGAAAUAUGAAAUCAUUGAUGAAAAGCCGUUUCGACAAGAUACUCACAAUCACUUAUAAGUCGAAUCCGCUGUCGUACAUCAAUAUCUCAUCAUCUAGUAGUGGAGACGAACCAUUUAUGAGUAUCAAUCGGAGAAAUGAUUUCAUAGGUCGUCCACUUAUCUCAAUGAAUCUUGCCGGAAUGGAUUUACAAGUAAGUAUGCCAACCAGAAAUCACCCACUUAUGAUACUAUCCGAUUUGGAACAUCAAGAAACUCUGCUUACAUCUAUCCACAAUUAUUUCCUCGACUUCUUUGGUUCAUCCAUCAAAUAUCAGUUAAAUGUUUACAUGCUGACGCGACCAUUUUCACAACUGAGGAAUAUCAGUAGUACAGAUGUAUUCAGUUUCCUAGAAGUAGCUGCGUUCCACGAUUUCCUUGCAAUAUCUCCUAAUCAGGAUUAUAUCAGACUACCUGCGUUAGAAAGCAUCACAAUGUUACGAAGCCAUUUGCUUGGGGAAAAUUUGAAAUUUGCUAGGACGAAAGUUUUACAUAUUAAUAGAUCGAAUCGCUCGGUAGAUGACGUUUUAUCCAAUUUCGAAGGAAGACAGUUGUUUAUUGAUAAUGGAAUCAUAAGCGAUACAGCAAUCAUCCAAUUUCUGAACAAGUGGAAAUCGAAUGAAGGAUAUCACAAUUUGGAGUAUUUCAGUAUUUCUGUCUCACACUCUCUCAAUCCAAAUCAAAUAAUGAAUAGUAUUCCAAUCAAUCAGUUAGACUCAUCUGAUCAACUGCCAGUUCAUCAAGUUGCUAGAAAAGAUCGCUUUGGGAAACAGUUUUGGAGAAUCCAUAAGUUCAGUAGUCAAAAUUACAUUGUUCGAGAUUCGGAUCAACACGUGGCAUCUAUAACGAUUACGGAGAACAAUAUCACUUUUGCCGCAUGGAAUAUGACUGAAAAAGAGUUUUUGGAGAAACGCCCCGUCAAAAGAUUAUAUUGA